AUGCAGCUAUCAUUAUUCUUUCUACUUCUUCUAUUGCAUUCAUCUUCGGGUAAACGGAAGAAAAAUGUAGGAGCUUUGGUUCGUGUUACAACAUCAAGUACAGUCGGUGUUCUAUUUGAUGAGCUGCCAGUGGAUACUCAUAAUUAUGCACGAUCGUUAUUAGAUAAUAAAACAGACGAUUACUGGAAAGAUCUGGCCCGUCGUCAACUUGAUUUAACCCAAGUGCGCCUCGUUUUUCGACCAUUGUAUUAUCCAGAUGUACAGCCACCAACAUUUCGUGGGACAUUUUCGUUACCACUGCGUGACCAGUUAGAAAUUCGAUUGAAAGGUCGGCCGAGGUGGAUAAGUGAAAAUGGACAUAAACUUUAUGUUAGAGAUUAUGCUUUAAAUGCUUAUAUAUUAACCGAUCGAAAAUCUGUUAUACUAGCUGAUGAUCGCCUUUCCUGCAUACAUAAAUCAUUUAUCAUUAAUUACACAUUGCCGUUGGAUCCAAUGCUUCUUGUUCAACGAACUGGUUUAGCUUGUAUGGGUGAAAAUCAAUGGCCACCGAAUAGUGUUGAUGCGGAAAAUGUGGAGUAUUUUUAUGAUGAUACGUGCGAAGUUGAGCAACCACAAUCACCAGAAACUAUUGGUUGUCAACAAUGUCAUUGUCAAUAUCCUCUACCGACGUUAUCGUGCAAGCAGGCGUUAACCAAAUACGUUGGUAGUAUACCUAUCCAAUUAAAAUUUGUUCGUAAACCGUGGAAUAGAUUCACUGCUAAUCGCUGGCGUUACCCGAAACGACCAUCGGUUAAUGGAAAUGGUGUUGUAGCCCCCGUCAAUAUAUUUGAAUAUAAACCUGAUUUACAACGUAACCGACUCGUCUAUUUAUACAUUGAAGCCGAUGGAUGUGAAAUAGUCGAACAAUGUGUGGAAACAAGUGGUUGGAGACGAUUAUUACGUUUCUCGACAACCGCUCCAAACUUUGGUAUAGAAGAUUUACAACUUGGUAGAGUCAGUUAUUUUGCCAAUGAUCCUCCAAGUGAUCUUGUGACAAAGUAUCAUAUGUUUGAAUUUUCACCAUGUCACCAACAUUUUCAUUUUAGCCAUUAUGCAAACUUUACGUUCGGCAGCCUUUCUAAUGCAAGAAACAGUAAACGGGGCUUUUGUUUACAAGCGGUCUACCGACAUGCCAACGCAGAAUGGUCUCCGCUGGCACAAGCUUAUUAUACAUGUUCCAAUCAAGGUAUCCCUGCUGGGUGGCAAGAUGUCUAUCAAGAUGGAAUUCCAUGUCAAUGGAUCGACGUUACAUCUUAUAAUACCCGUAAGCAAGAAUACACGAGUUAUCUUCAAUCCCAUGUUAAUCCCGAUGGUUUCUUGUGCGAAGGCGUAUCAAUAAAUAAUUCGUGGAUAGAGACAAAUUUCAGCACGACUUGUUGUAAUGGAGAAGGCUGUUGUGGCAACAGUAAUUCAACUGAAUGCUGCGGUGGUGAACCAGUGUACCGGACUAAUUGUGAUUACUGGUCCGGAUAUGAAGAUGAUAAUAAGGCGGAAACAGAAGUGACACUACCAUUAAACGGUAAUGGACAAUUGACGGCAGAUUGUUGGACUAUUAGCGGUCAUUGGGGACCAAGACGGGAUUGCGGUUUUCGAUUACAUCCCUAUGGAAAGUAUCUGUCGUGUCAGCCGGGUGAAUAUAAGACAUUAAUGAAAGUUCAAACAAGUAUUGAAUAUCAAAUAUUACGCGUUUGUGAGGCAAGUAUUGCGUUACAAUGUGGAAUGGCCUGUACAUGGAAUAAUUCAUUGGCAAAUGUUAUUGUUGACAAGAAACAAUCAAAAAAUGUCCAUUUCUUAUGUCCGGCAGCUCGAGAUGAAAUUGAAACUGGCGGGCGUUUUGCGGUGUAUGUUGCACCAUUAUUUGAGGAAGACGAACACACUCCAUUGUCUGUUACAUGGAAGAAGUCUUACUGA